AUGAAAUUCGGUUUUCUUCUUCGUCAUGAGAGUGAUUCUGUACUCAGAACCUUCUACAGUCUUCCUUUUACACCGCGUGUUUGGUUGUGCUUGUUAAUUACGCUCCUCGUCAGUUCUGUAGUGUUUUAUUUAAUAAGCUAUUGGGAGAAACGUUUUGCUGGUGGAGAUUGUAGCUUCAAUUACGAGUUGUUAGUUGCAUUUUCUGCCUUCUGUCAACAUAUAUUGCCACUUCAAGCAAAUUUAUAUUCUCGCCGUAUUGCGUACCUCGUUUUCAUUAUAUGCUCGUACAUAAUUCACUGCUUCUAUACGUCGAACCUGCUCUCGCAUCUGGUCAAUGAUAAGGACAAAGAUUUAGAUUUGAUAGAACUAGCAAAUAAGGACUAUGAAUUUGUGGUCAUUCAAAAUAUGAAUUAUAAAACGGAAAAAGAGUUGCAGAAGAUACGAGCUGCUUUAAACAAAAGCCUUAACAAUGUUGAAAGCAAAUUAAGUUCGGUGCAAGUUAUGAGUAUAACAGACGCCGUGAGAGCUAUGAGGGUAUCAAGAACUGUCAUACUAUCGGACUAUGUUUCUUUGUAUCCUGUUAUUAAGAACACGUUUGAGAACAAUGAAAUUUGCGAUCUUCUGGAGGUGGACCUUUUUUCGAAUGUCAAGAAGUACUUGUUCACGUCGAAAGAUUUCCCCCUUAAGGAAGAGUUUAAAAUAGGAACACUGCUGGCAAAGGAAGCCGGUCUCAUUAAAAAGCUAUUGUCACAUCCAGAGGUGGAGCUGUCCAUCGACUGUGACGUCAUAAGCGGCACUAUGAGUAUGGGCUGUGUCAUCACACCAAUGGUCAUACUACUAGCAGCUUACAUACUGGCAGUACUUAUUUUAUUCGUGGAGAAAAUUCAUUACGGAAGAAACAGAGUGUGGCCUUAUAUUGAAUGAAUAUAUCGUUACUUGCCUAUUGGCAGACGACCCCUAUAGCCUUGUGGUUAUUCAAAUUCAAAUAUUUUUAUUCAAAAUAGGAUCAUCAAAGUGACAUCACUUAUUGAAAGUCAAAAACUACCACGAAUUCCAAAAAAAAAAUGCCUCAGACCUGAGAAGAACGGGCGCAAUAAACUCAGGGCUUUUUUGUUAAAAGUAAAAUCGUACAAUUAAACUUCUUAUUUAAUAGCCUGACGGCCGUCGCAACAUUUCGAGCCUGUGGUAUCAUAAAUUGAGAACGUCAUUAAUGUUAUAGUAACCUUUACCAUUUCUUAACAAUUCUUUUGAAUAUUGUAAUACAUAAUAUAGUUUUGAACAUUUUCUUGGAUCUUGUGGUUAAAGCAUAUACAUCGCCCCACAAAAGACUUACUAACUCGACUUAGCCGAGUAGUAGGCAUUAUAAGUUUAUGUCUGUUCCUUGUGUUAACAUUAUGGUUAUGAUAGAAUCUAGCAAGUUCACUUAUGUACAUACAUAACAUUAUCAAGAAUAUAAUAUUGAGAAGCAACAGUCAAGAUGUUAAUUUCUUUAAAUUUUGCUCUCAAUGAUUAUUUAGGACCUAGGUUAUAAAUAGCGCCAUGCCUUCUGAGCUAGACGUACC